AACAUAAAUCGAUAUCGGUUCAUUUGCACCAUCUGGUUCAGGAAAUAUAACAAAAUAUAUGUUUUAUCAUCCCUAUAAGUUCUCUAAUUGAAUUAAAAUCACAAACAUUACGCCAUGGCCACUUUGGAGGAUAAAUUAUUAGGAGAGAAGCUGGAGUACUAUUGCAGCAGCAGCGAGGGCGAAGACAAUGACCACGAUGGUGAUGAUGAGAAAGAUGCAGGCAGGAAAGGAGCCGCAGGAGGCCUGACUAUUAACACGGAUCCGGAUGCAGCACCUGCGGGGGGCUUUCGUCAACAGGGAUCUACCAAUACCGGACCCAAGGGUGUUGUCAAGGAUUGGCAGCGUUUCAAGCAACUGGAAGCCGAGCGUCGCGAUGAAACGGAGCGUCAACGUCUGGCCCUGGCCAAAAAACUGAGCAUGACUACGGCCACAACCGCUGAAGAUGAGGAGCGCAAGCGUCAGGAGGAAUUGGACGACGAACUGUCGGAGCUGAUGAGCGAAGACUUCUUGCAACAGUACCAGAAGCAACGAAUGGCCGAAAUGCUCCGUCAAACGGGACACAAUCAACAGUUCGGAAAGGUGCAGCAACUGAGCACCCACGGGGAGUUUCUGGCCUGCGUGGAGCAGGAGAACAAGCAUACGACAAUCAUCAUACACAUCUAUGAGAAAAGCCUGGCGGCCUGCAGUACGCUUAACAAGUGCCUUGAGAGCUUGGCCAGCGAUUAUCCGUCCAUUAAGUUUGCCAAAAUAUGUAGCUCUGUGGCCGGAAUGAGCAGGGACUUCCGUACAAAAGGACUUCCGGCCCUGCUGGUGUACAAAGCCCAGGCGGUAGUUGGAAACUUUGUGCGCUUAACCGACGAUCUGAGCGACGACUUUUUUGCCUCCGACGUCGAAAGUUUUCUCAUCGAACACGGAAUCAUAGUGGAUAGGGCUCUAUACAGCUAAGAGAUCUAACCAAAUCAAAAUAACCAAAUAUGUGUUCUUAAGGAUAGCAUUUAGGAGAGAACUUAAGCAAGACGCGCCCGCAAGUUGUAUGCAAUUUAAAUGUUUAUUUUUCCCAUUCAAUAAUUAGUUACAUUAUAUGUAUGAUUCUUUUCUCUUUCUUUUUUGUGUACGGGAUAUUAGGUGCAACUUUCACGAAAUCAAAAUAGAAAGAAGAAAAAAAUAUAUAUAAAAAAUAUUUGAGAAAUCUAUUCGAAUCUUUUCAGAUUGAAAUUUUAUGGAGCAGAUCCUGUACACUUACGUAGCAUAUAUGUAUGUAUAUCUGUAUCCCUCCUAUCAUUAACAAUACAAUUUAUAUAAUACAUAUUUAAUUAUAUUUAGUGGCUAAUGAAUGUACUUCACUCCGAUUCGUACUCUGUAAGAUUUAUACAUCCAUAUACACAUAGAUUGUAUAUUUUAUAGCUUAUAGCCUACCAUACACAGCAAUAAAAAUGAUGUGGAUAUCA